UGUAAGUAGACGUAUAUAUUAUGCGCUGUGUUGUCGCUGGCGUUCAGUUCAGUUGAUGAUUGUUAUUUUUAUAUAUCGUUUGUUUGAUCGUGUAUCGUUCGACUCAAUAAUUCAAUGUGCCGUGUAUAUUGUGCAAAACACACAAGUCAUAACAUAAUCUAUUUCGGGUGUUUGAUUGUUUUAUAAUCGAUCCGAAAUAAUAAUAAAAAAAAGAAUUUGUGAAGAGAACCAAAAAAAAAAUCCGAAAAGAAAAAGCAUUAAGCAAAACCAGAAUACUUUAAGUAGAUAAACUACAAUUGAUCAAGAGUGUGAGUCGCCGUCAGCAUCGUGUGAUUAGCAAAGAACGCGAAAUAGAUAACACAAAAUUAACGUCAAAAGUAACGACACAAAACGUAGAAACGAAAAAAAAAACGAAUUUUAAGAAGGUUCAAUUAAGGCAUCUUUUGUCUACGAGAAACUUCGAACACAGCAACAUUGGGCACACAAAUCUACGCAUUUCUAUUGCAACAUAUACUGAUAACACGAACAAUCUAUUGCGCAUUCGAAUUUGCUUGGUUGUUGUAAGUUUUUCGUUUGAAACGAUGGCAUUUACCUGACCGCACGUGUUUAUUUUCGAUUUUGUUUCAUAUAUUUAUAUUGCCAUUUUAUCACAUCGUACACCAAAAUUCACUAUCUCUGUCUCUUACAACCUUACCAAAAAAAAGAAAGAAAGAAAUUCCUUUAGUCAAUCGACCGUCGUCUAUUGAUCCGUAAAAAGAGUCGUCGAUUCGUUUUGCAGUUUUGUGUGUAUGUAUUCCAAAGCAUUUCUCCGAAAGAACCAAUAGAAAGAAAAACCGAUUUUUCCACAAAUACAAUGCAGGGAAAUUCAAAGUAUUUACGAUGGUCGCCAUUGUAUACCUGUUGCUGUAUUUUCGUCAUUCUGUCGUCAACAGUUAUUGCGGUGCCCGUUCGAUCAAGACGCAUGGUUCGUGAAACAUUUUCAUUUGAUGCAACUAAUAGCAAUACAAUUUCAAAUGAAACAUGCUUUCAUGACGGGGUCGAGGUUCAGAAAUCAUCCGUAACAUGCGAAAUCAAAACUGGAUGCAAGCUCAUUCAGAAGACAGGCGAAUGCUGUCCGGAUUAUCAGUGUUCAUGUAAUCAUGAAGAUCGAACGUAUGAGAAUGGAGAGAAAAUUGUAAGCCACAAUCCAUGCUUCAGAUGUCUAUGUAAAGGUGGCGAAGUGACUUGCAACGAUGUUUCAUGUUACAUUCGUGAUGACUGCAAGCCAAGAUACGUAAAGGGUGUUUGUUGUCCAACAUUCGACAAUUGUCCUCCGAUAGACGAUGCGAAAAUCGCAGCCACUAAAGAAGCUGAAUCAAAAACAACAAAGAAUGAUUUAAUCAUUUCGUUGACAACGACAACGGCCGGAAGCAGUACAAUUGUGGAGAAAAAUCCAAUGCUGCAACUGGCCAAUGACAAUCCACUUGGCAUUAAAAUCAAAGAAAUCACAAAACCCGAAGAGAUUAGAAUAACAGAUGAUAAACCAAAACCGUAUAAUCCAUUCAAAUCUACGACAACCACCACCACAACAGCAUCUAUACCGACAACAGCAGAAAGUACUGUAGAGGCAAUAACAAAGUUUUUAUCAACAACAGAAACGUCGUCAACGUCCACAAUUAGCAGCAUAAGCACGGAGUUGCCAAGAGAUAGCUAUGAAUCGUCUACCGUAGACACAAACCAAUCAAGUGGAGAGCACGAAAGUCGUGAUUAUAUGGAUGACGGUGUGUUGGGCGACGAUCGUUUAUCAUCGUCGGAUGCUCCACCAACAAAAGCUUCAGCCAAAGGUGAAGUGGAGCCUCAACUGCUUUUGGUGAGCGCCGAUUCAAAUACCAUUGGUGAUGAUGUGGGCAAUAAAAGUGUACGACAAACGACAGAAAAUAGUACAAACGAUGGAAUCGACCAGUCUUCCGAAAGUAGUUCUGAGUUUUUCAGCUCAACCACAACCGAUAAUCCAUUUCAGUCAAGUACAAGUACAUUUAGCGAAUCACCAAGUACAGAAAACAACGGUGGCGAAGAAAUCGAUUUAGUUUCUUCGACACCAAAAAAUUUAGUUGUUGUUCGACAUGGCGGCAAAACGGAAUCAUUCCACAUAUCUGGCGUAGAUGAAUUGCAACGCGUUGAAGAAUUAGAUGUCAUAAGUUCAACGACAGAAAAUAGUCAAGAGAUCGGAGAUUCAGCCAUUAAACUGACAAAUGAUGAGUUUAAUCUAACUGUUGAUAGCAAUGAGGGUAAAUCAAGUGAAGAAUUGGUUAUGGAUGGUUCAUCAACAACCACUGGUACACCUGAAUUGUUUGACGAUAACGAUACGGUUUCGUGGAAAAUUAAUAAAAAUCUUGAAAAUACAUUGAAUUCAAGUGAAAGCAGCACAGAACCAAAUAAUUCGAUAGAAUCAUCGACGCAAGGCGUAGAAAAUUCAUCUGAAAUUUUAUCAAGUGCAGAACAUGUUUAUGGAACUGUUUAUUAUCCGGAAGAAAAAUCAACCGUAUCACCAAGUAGUGAAGAGGCAAUUGAUACUGUUUUCUAUUCAACAACUGAGGGUCCAUUUGAUGCUUCAUCAUCGACAACAGAUAAUUUGGAUGCAAAUAGUUCGUCCGAACCAAACUUUACGUCAACAACAUUGGCUCCGGUGACCGCUGAGCCAUUGAGUACACCAAAAAGCACAACAACUGAAUCAUUCUCCGGAUCAACUAGUCGUUUUUCAUACGAAGAUGAAGAAAGCAUCCUUGAGAACCCCGAAUAUCCUCCAAUCCCGGAUGAUUUGAGUUUAACGCAUAAAGAUGACGAAGAGGAAAAACGCCGUUUACCAAAUAAGGCCGAAGAGAAUAUUUCAUCAUCAACCUCCGGUCCGUGUCAAGAAUGUGAUGCUGAUGCAUUGAAAAGUGUGGAGCUAAGUACACGGGGUCCAUCACUUGAAAACAUCAAAUUAUCACAUAAAAUCGAUAACGUUGAAUCACGUGCACCGGGCGAACCACAUUUAAUACCAGAAUGGGAACGCACCACAACCACAACCGAGAAAAUGGAAGAAAGCACAACACUUGGUCCAAAUGAUAUGAUCACCGGUGCGAAUGAUAUCAGUAAAACAACCAUAUUCGAUAAGCUACCGGUGGCCGGAACAAAAGUAAAUAAAAGUGAAGCAUUGACAAAUAUCGAAACACUUCCGAAUGUUGUGGAUUCGGAAGAGAAAUACGGUAAUAAAGAGCCAACAACCGAACGACCGACAACAAAAGGCUAUGCCAAUUUUGAUAGUGAAGAAGGUUCAGCUGCCUCUUCCGCCAAAUCCGAAUUUGAUAAUUCAACUGGCACAUCGCCAAAAGACGAUGCUGAAAGCAUCAAAUUGAAUAGCAGCAGCAGUGAUGAGAAUACAAAUGAGCAAUAUUCCUCUCUGGAAGAGCCAUCGUUUAUUCCAAAAUCAUUCCAGAAUUAUUGGCGAUUUAUAGAGAAAAACGGCUGGUCAGCACGAAAAUAACGUUUUUGUGGUUUAUUUUCUAGAAUAAAAGCCACCCGUGAAUGAAA